UAGGCGGAUUGUGGGGGUUAUAAAUACAUAGUCUUGUAGGUUUUUAUUGUUAGGUUAGGUUCCUUGUUGUUAUUCCAAGGUAACAAGGUGAGGUUCGCGGUUGGAACGUUUGAGUUGUUGUUUUUGUUGUUGUUGUUCUAGUAUUUAGGUACAAAAUAUAAAUGGGAAACUGGGCAGAAAUUGUACCAGAUGUUUUGAUUCUGAUUGUGAAUCGAGUAGAUUCGUUUGAAGAUUUUGUUGCUUUUGGUGGUGUAUGCACUUCAUGGCGAUCUGUUGCAGUCAAGCAAAAUUUCAAUACGUCCUCCCCUCAACUUCCCUGGCUCAUGCUCUCUGAAAAAGAAGAAGAAGAAGAAGAAGAAGAAGAAGAAGAAGAAGGCAUUAAUAAUAAUAUGCGUGAAUUUUUCAGUCUAUCGAAAGGCAUGAUUCACAAAGUCCCUCUGCCAGAAGCCAGAGGUAAACGUUGUUUUGAAACACUGGGAUGGUUGGUAACCAUAACAAAAGACGGCGAGAUGGGACUGUUGCAUCCAUUCUCACGCCUUCAAAUUGGGCUUCCCCAUCAAACUACCUUCAAAUAUUUUCACCAGUAUCCGAUGGAUCCUGUGGAUUUCGUAUUCAAGGCAGUCUUAUCUGCAUCCCCUUCUCUUACUCCAAACUACGUACUCAUGGUUAUUCACGGAGCUGCCAAACACCUCGGUUUUUGGAGACCCGGCGGAGAGAAUUCUUGGACUGUCAUAGAAACCCGUGAUUUCCUGUACGAGGAUGUUAUUUAUUACAAGGGCCAAUUUUAUGCAUUAAGUAAUCAAGGCUCGAUUUUUGUUUGGGACGUUGGGGGUCCUAAUCCAACGGUGGCGCGUAGAGUUGGAGGAAUAAAAAGUGAAUUGCUUUGGUAUAUGCAGCCGUACCUGGUUGAAUCGGGUGCAGAAUUAUUGGUGGUUGCGCGAUAUGUAAUACAUCCAGGUGACGACACAGACCCAACUUAUGAGACCACUUCCUUUAAAGUGUAUGAGGUUGAUUUGAGCAAGGAGGCGAGAUGGCAAGAGAUUAACAACUUGGGGGGAAGAGCACUCUUCUUGGGUCACAGUGCUUCCAUCUCUGUUGAUGCCUCUAGGUUUUUCCCAGCAAUCAAGCCCAAUUGUAUAUAUUAUACUGACGAUUACAUGGACAUGUACACAUACCCAGUUGACAACAACCCAGGAGGUGGGAAGGACAUGGGUGUUUACAACUUGGAAGAUGGAAGCAAGGAACCACUCAACUACAAAGGAGAAUCCCUUAGUUAUACUUGUCCUCCAGCUUGGGUCUUGCCUUCUUUCUGAUGUGCUUGUUUCUCCGUUACUCACUCUUGUGGAGGACGAUCAUGUCCUCUUUUUAGGUUGUUAUUUUCUACAUACACUCAACUUUAGCCAGCCCUUUUUCGAUUAAUUUGUGUUUUUUCUGUUUUGUUUCUAGUCUAGAUUUUGCAAGGGCCCUGGAUUGUAUUGGAUAGUUAUUUAAAUUAUUUGUUAUUAUUAGUGUCUUUAACUUGUUUGCUUGCAAUUCAGUUCUAUUUUUGUUUGAAUACCGUGAAUCAAAGACUUGAUAGAUAGGAUUGUUCUGUUCAGUUCUAUUUCUAGAUUUUUAUUUUUAUGAUGAUUGUUUUAGCUGGUCUUGCAUGGAAGGAUUGAUUGGUAGGCAGUGGCUUUUAUAGUUCCAAUUUCAGGAUCUAACAGCAAAUUUGAAACAAGAUUGUAUAGGAGCAAUUCAGUUCUCUGGAGGGCUUUCCUAGCAGUCUCCCUAAGAUCACUUCGACCACUGAGAACCAAGGGUUAGAUUCUACAAAAUAGUGUGCUUUGAUAUUUGAAUAAUGG